UAAAAAGGUGAAGUCAUUGUUUGCUCUUGGCUAAAAGUAUAUAAUUGCAACAUUGUCGACAAUUCAGAGGAAAAGCCAAAGUGCUAUAAUUAACAUAAAUGUGGGUCAUUUUCCAAGGAUAAAAAAAACUCUUAAUUUUAAGGCCAAAUCAAAAAGACAAACAAAUAUCUCAUUUGAAGGUUUUUCAAACCCAACAACGAGACUCUCCAAACAGGACCGAACAAGAAAGAAUGAACAAAAAGUUAAUUCUAUAAUGGAAAGAUGAGACCCACUGUUAUAUAAUCACACACUCUGCUCGGCCCUCCCGUUAUCUAGAUCAGCUCAGCUCCUGGUAACAAAGCAAACAGCACACAGACCCUGUUGGGAAGAACACUGGCACCCAGGACAGAGCUUUUCAUGCGAUCCUGGGAGGAGGACGACCUGAGCAUCACUUAAUUACUAUAAAAGCUGCUACCUCUUUUUGCUCCGUUUGAAUUAAUCAUGCAAUAAUCCAUUGAGGACUCUACAUUCGAUAAAGGCAACGACAACAUGCCUCUUGCCGCGUGACAAAGAGGAAGUAGUGCUGUUCCUUGGAGCUGCAGCACUGAUAUCUCAUUUCAGACCUAACCAUCUUCUUCUGGGAUAACAAAGCUGCAAAACAGAAGCUUUAUACAUGUACAUUUUUUCCUAAGGAACACGGGGACAUCUUACUAUUUUUAAGAAGAAAGGACUUCACUGGAUGUCAUCAGGACAUUGUUUUCUGAAGAUGACAAGUCGACUAUAUAUCUGGAGCUGAAGAAGAUUUAGCUGUUGAAUAACUGCAAGAAAUAUCUUUAAACCUUCCCUCUUUGUGAACACAGUAUAGAUGUUAAUGGAGGAGCGACCCGUGCGAUUCUAACAGCUUAACUAAUUGCUAUCAUUAUCAAAGUGCUGGCUGUCUCAGUGGACUGCAAUUAUGUUUGUUUAAGUAGACAUGAAUUGGAUCAAACAGAUUAGUUGCCCGCAUGCUGCAUCCCAUUCGGAUACUUAACACUGACAGUAUAUUGGAUUACGGGGCUUUUUACUGGGACUGGAUGGAGACUCCUGGGCUGCAGACGAACAACAGCGGCCUUAACCAAAUCAGCACAGGAGACAGAGCUUUGAUUAAAACUUUGGUGCCCUUCCUGGACGGGCUGAUCCUGCUGACUGGACUAAUCGGUCAAACUCUGGUGAUGAUUAUUCUUACAGGCAGAAGGAAGAAAGAAAGUCAGCCUCCUCACGGUACGGACACCCUGCUACUGGCUCUCUGUGCUGCUGACCUGUUGCUGCUGCUCUGCCAGCCCUUCCAUACCUACGUCAUCACCCUGGGCUUCUGGCCGUUCGGCGGCUUCCUCUGCAGAGCAAUCAGCUUCCUGGGAGUGGCCUGUUCGACCGCCUCCGUGUUCACCCUGGCGGCUCUGGCAGUCACACGCUACCUGGUAGUGGUGCACCCCACCUGGACCUACCGCACCAGGAUGAACAGGCGAGUCAAAGUGACAGUUGCCCUGCUCUGGAUCCCAGCCUCCGCCCUGGCAGCGCCACAGUUUGCCUUCCGCACAAUUACGUUUUCCAACACGGUGUACUGCUUUGCCUUCCUGUCCGACUUCAACCGGCUGGUCUACAGCAUCGCUCUGUUCGUCUUUGGCUUUGCGCUGCCUUUAAGCAUAAUUGUAGUGAUGUACGGCAAGAUUUACUGCUUUCUUCGGCACGCGCGGCAGACAGGCAACGCUCCGCAGCUCGAGCGCUACCAACGGCAGGUCACUCACACCUCGGCUCUCCUGGUGCUGGUCUUCACCCUGCUGUGGUUGCCCUCCUACAUCCUCAUGUUCUCCAUCAUCAGAGGAACUCUGGCCAGCUCACCCGGCUUCAACACCUUUGCCCUCCUGGCCAGACUCUUGUCUUCCUCAGUAGCUGUGGUCAACCCUCUGCUCUACGGCUUUAUGUCUCAGAAGUUUAGACGAGAUUUGGUGGAGCUGGGAAGAGAAAGCUGGACGAGGUGCAGAAGCUGCCUGAUAGGUUGUCCGCGUUUGAUGAGGAGGCACACGGUGCGGCCUUUUGAGCAUCGAACUACCUCAGAUACACCCCAAAACUGAUUUUUUUUUUUUUUUUUUUUGCUUUUUACCUAAAAAAAAGACAUUGUUGCUCAAUGCAACUUAACUCUGGAAGAAAUCUACAAUCCACUUACAGGAGUCCAUAGUAGAGAUGUUUAAAAAGUCUUUACUAAAUUACUUGAUAUAAACGUUCUCAAGUAUUGAAUUUGAGAACAUUUAUAUAGUUUGGAGCAACAAAUGUUUAACAAAAAUCACAGAUGCCAUACUUAUUUGCAACCCCUUUCUUAGUUUUUUAGAUCCUCCAAAGAAUAAAUGCACCUCAUGAUUUAUUUUGUACUCAUGUUUUCCUGUUUUUAAGUAGUUCAGGAUGUUUAGAAAAUUUUAAUUAGUAAAGUCUAGCUAGAUAUAUAAAUAUGACAUGACACCAAAGCCCAUUUCUGUUUCCCACUAUUCAAAGUCAAGAAAAAGCAACAAUUCAGUAAAGCAGAUGUGUUUUGAUGGUCAUAAUUUAGGAAAGGGUUAUUAGAAAAUAGCUACUUGUCUGAUCUUGUCCUUAUCUGCAGUUAAUAAACUUAAAUCAAUUUGAGCUAUGAAAAACAUGGCUGAGCAAGGACACAGCUUUAAGAUAAUCAAGAUAAUCUUGGGGUUAACUUGUUGUAAGAAACAGAAAUAGGGCUGCAAGGUAAAACUAUCGAUAAAUAAUAUAGACCAGGAAUAACGCUUGUGAUAAAUUUACAUUUGCAUCUAAUCUGAAUCAGGUAGGGGAAUCCGCUGCAGUUAGACUCCAUCUAACGAGCUCAACAUUAUAUCGGCUUACAAAGUGUGAACCUGUGACACUUGGAAUCGAAGAGGAAACGAGCAGAC